AUGACUAAUUACUGGUCGACUGUUUCGGAUAAAUCGAACAGAAACAAUUUGGAGACUGCGUGGUUCCAAUUAGAGAAAGCAAGAGCAAGUGAUAACCCUGUAAUAUUGUUAACUAACAUCACAACUUCAGAUUUUCCAACGCUUCUAAAAACGGCAACUAACAAGAAAGCUCCAGGUCUGGAUAUGGCACUCAACUUCUGCUACAAGUACCUGACGAGUGUGCAUCCUUCCAAGCGAGAUGUUGCGCUUUACAACAGCAUAAAUAAAGCGGAUCUCGAUGAAACGCCCUGGAACUUAUCAUUAGAGGAGGCCUUGAUUAUCAGGAUGGAAACUAUACACGAAUCAAAAACGCAAUGGAGACAAAAAGCCAUCUACGGUAAGCACCCAAAAACGUUAGAUAAAUAUGAAGGGAGUCUUUUGCUAAAAAAUAUGAACACAUUUAUGCGAGAUGUGCUGAAGUCCGCUGAAAUUGACAAGUGGCUGUUUGGUUCGGGUUUGGACGAAAAAGUUACGGCUGCAAAGAUUCUCGCUACUUCAGAGGCCCAAAAGUUGAGGAAUGCAACUGCAGUGUUUAUAAUGAACCUAUCAGUGUCGGAUUUGAUGUUCUUCUGCUUUAAUCUACCAUUGGCUACUUCAACUUUCUGGCAUAGUUCCUGGUUAUAUGGACAUUUAAUAUGUCGACCAUUCCCAUCAUUAAGAUAUGGACUAGUAGCUCUCAGUCUUUUCACAGUGUUGGCAAUCACAAUUAAUAGAUAUGUGAUGAUUGGCCAUCGUAGACUUUAUUGCAAACUCUAUAAACCAAAAUAUCUAGUAUUAAUGGUACUAUCAAGAUGGAUUUCGGGUUUUGGAGCAUUGAUUGCAACUUGGUUUAAGCGAUGGGGACGAUUUGGACUUGAUCCUGAAAUUGGAUCCUGCUCUAUUCUUCCUGAUGUCAAUGAUCGCAGUCCUAAAGAAUUCCUAUUUAUAUCAGCUUUGUUGGAACCUUGUUUUGCUAUAGUUGUUUGUUAUGCAAGGAUUUUUUAUAUUGUUCGCGAAAAGGCCAUGCAAAGCAGAAGAAGAGAAAGAUCUGCUAUUGACCUCGUUAAAGCCAGUAUUGAUGUUAAUAAGUGACGAUUGACUGACGAGCAUAAUUUGCAGUUAUAAUGCACUACCUGUA